UCUCUCCACUCACAACUGCGUCUUCUCCUUUCUGGUGGUGGGUUUUUCUGCACAUUUGUCUUGGCAUUUGUGUUCUUGUUUCUUAUUGUUGUGUCUACUUUUUCCCGUUUCAAACUUCACAUUUUCAUAUUCAAAGCUCAACACUCAAAUCUCAUGUGCACCCUUUUUUUUAUUUGCUUUUCUUGAGUGCUGAGGAGCAAGAGGAAGAAAGAACAGAAUAGUAUAUAGUAGUCUAAGUAAUUAAUUAUUAAAGAAAAGCAUAAGAGAGAAAGAAAGAAGAGAUAUAAUCUACAAGUUUUGUUAGUUGUAGAAAUAGCAAACUGAGGCAAAAAAAAUCAAAUCCCAUUUUACCCCAUCUACACAACUUGGCUCAGGUGUUAUUUUCUUUCCUUUCUAGCAGAUAGAUAGAUAGAUAGGGAAGUGAGAAAAAGAGAGAAGGUUUCCAUUCAUUCCAUUUAAACAGCACUGAAGAAAUGACUAAAGAAGAAGACUUUAAGCUCCUGAAGAUCCAGACAUGUGUUCUUAGAGUGAACAUACAUUGUGAUGGGUGCAAGCAGAAAGUGAAGAAGCUCCUUCAGAGAAUUGAAGGUGUUUACUUAGUAAACAUUGAUUCAGACCAGCAAAAAGUCACAGUCUCAGGUAAUGUUGACUCUGAAACUUUGAUCAAGAAACUGGUUAGAGCUGGCAAACAUGCUGAACUCUGGUCUCACAAGCCCAACCAAAACCAGAAGCAAAAGAACAACUGCAUCAAAGAUGACAAGAACAACAACAAAGGGAACCAACAGAAGCAAGGAUUGAAUUUGAUGAAGGGUCUUGAGGCCUUCAAGAACCAACAACACCACAAGUUUGCCCCAUUCGGCUGUGGGGAAGAUGAUGAAUUUGAUGAUGAAGACGAAGAAGAUGAAGAAGAUGAUGAGCUCAGGUUUAUUAGGGAGAAAGUUAACCAACUUGGGUUGCUUAGGCAACAACAACAAGCAGCCAUGGAAGCAAGUGAGGCAAAGAAAGGGGGUCCAAAUGUUGUGAAGAUUAACAACAACAAUGGCCAAAAUGGGAAAAAAGUACAGCCAAAUCAGAACAUGGGAAUGAAAGCUGGUUCUCAUCCAAAUGGGAUGAUUGAUCAGAAGACCAUGGCUGCUCUUAAGCUAGGGAACAAUCAUCAUCCUCAGUUUGGAAAUGGUCAACUUGGGAAUAAUCUUAAUGAAAUCAGAAGAUCAAAUGACCUCAACACAAUGAUGAACUUGGCUGGUUUCCAUGGAAAUGGUUCCAACAAUCUCUCAUCAAACUCUGCAGCUGCUAAUCCCAAUAAUCUCGGAGGAAUCCAAUUUCAUCAACCCAACAAUGGAUUCCCAUUAUCCUCAUCAAAUCUCCCUAAUGUCAUGGCCACAGGUCAACAAUGCCCUCCAACAUCAUCAUCCAUGAUGAUGAACAUGAAUGGCUACAACCAUCCAUCGUCAAACAUGAUGAACAUGCAAGCUAGGCAUGCCAUGAUGCAGCAGCAGCAGCAGCCGCCACAAGUGAUGUAUCAGAGGUCCCCAUUUAUCCCUCCAAGCACAGGCUAUUACUAUAACCACAAUCCCUAUUACCCAGCUCCUCCAUACCCAUCAUCAUAUCCUGAACCUAACUACGCCAGUGAUAGCUCUGCAGCCCAUAUGUUCAGUGAUGAGAACUCAAAUGGCUGCUCAAUUAUGUAAUCAUAAUAUCAUGUCACUUAUGUUUUAUGUGUGUUUGUACUGUGUAGUUGUGUUAAAGACUUUAGUAAGAACAAGAAGAUGAUUAAGAACAAGAAGAUGAUGAUGAUGGGUUUUAUUUUUAUUUUUAUUUUUAUUUUUAUUUUUUGUUGGAGUUCAGUUCUGUCCAACUUCGUUUUUUUAAUGUGUCUGAGGAUAUGGACUGAAAAAAAAUUGUGGGUUGUGAUCCACAAUACUAGUAGUAGUAGUUGUCGUAGUAAAUAAUUAAUGUAUAAUGUGUGUAUUUGAAAGUUUGGUUUCUAGUGAAGUGGGUAAUGGUCAAUUUUGGA